AUGUCCCUCCGUUGGCUGCUCUCACGCACCUUUGCGCUCCUUCUUCCACUUACAGUGACCGCCACUAUUUACCUCUAUCUCUAUCCAGUCUUCAACGGAUGCGCCUUUCCUCUACCACAGUCUGUCUCGCAGGCAAGCGAGAAGCAGCUAUACCAUAAUUCAGUGAUCAACACGCUUUUCCAACACCUCGGUGUUUCACCCUCAGACUCAAACAGUCAACCCGCCAUCUUUAGACUCCUGGUCCUCGCAGACCCCCAAUUGGAAGGCGACACCUCGCUCCCUUUCCCCGAAUAUGAAUUAUACCCCCGCAUGCAGACCCACUGGUGCGCCAUCCAAGAAGCAAUUGGCAACGCCUCCACUUCACCUCUACUGAACGAGGAUGUCCUCUCAAACAUCACAACCGGUCUUCGAACCCUCGCAACCGAAGACAUCCCACGCGCCUUCAGAUCAGGUCUGAAACGUAUCGACCUCUUUGGCAACGAUUACUACCUCGCGCACAUCUACCGCACCCUCUUUUGGUGGACCCGGCCGACACACACAACGGUGCUGGGCGACUUGGUGGGGAGCCAGUGGAUCUCCGACGACGAAUUCGCUUGGCGCGGACACCGGUACUGGAACCGCGUAUUCCGCGGCGGAGAGCGGGUCGACGACAACAUCACCAGGACUGGUGCUGCGGGUUGGAGCCAGGGCGAAGGCAGCAAUGCGCCGCCAUUGGAACCCCUGGGCGCGGAUCGGGCCUGGGCCAGGCGCGUGAUCAAUGUCGCGGGGAACCAUGAUAUUGGAUAUGCGGGGGAUAUCAGCGAGGCGCGGAUGGAACGUUUUGAGCGUGUCUUUGGCCGUGCGAAUUGGGAUGUGCGGUUCGAACACCCGCCUAUCUCGUCUGCUUCUGCCGGAGACCAGGUUGUUACCCCUACUCUGCACCUGAUUAAUCUCAAUUCCCUCAUGUUCGAUACCCCCGCGCUUUCUGCGGAGGUCCAGAGCCAUACGUAUUCUUAUCUGAACGAUCUAAUCGCCGAUCGACUCUCGCCGGUCGAGGAUCGGUCGGCUUUUACUUUACUUCUAACACAUCUACCCCUGCAUAAGGAAGAUGGUGUGUGCACGGACGGACCAUAUUUCUCAUUCCGCGAUUCUGACGACCAGGAUGGUCCCGACGGUGUGCCCCGGUGGCUUGACGGUGGUCUCAAGGAGCAGAACCAUCUCAGCGAUUCACUAAGUGCGAAUGGGGUCCUGCAAGGCAUAUUUGGGCUGAGCGGCGACAAGAAUGCGCUUGCUGGUGGGCAGGGCCGGAAUGGGCUCAUUCUUACAGGGCAUGACCACCCGGGCUGUGAUGCUAUUCAUUUCGUCAACCGCACUGAAACAACCAACGACGACGGCGAGUCUCGAGCUUGGAAGUGGGAUGUGAAGCGCUUCGACGAGAGCCAGCACACCGAUGACCCUUCUAUCCGGGAGGUGACCCUCCGCUCAAUGAUGGGAGAGUUUGGUGGUAAUGCCGGUCUCCUUUCAGCGUGGUUUGAUGAGGUCGCUGGAGAGUGGAGCUAUGAGAUCACUAUGUGUCCAGCUGGUGUGCAGCAUAUCUGGUGGGCGGUUCAUAUCCUCGUAUUAGUGACGCUAGGUGUGGCUCUGCUUUGGUUCUUAUCUGGCGAUGCUCAGGCGAAGACGGCUGUUCGGAAAGUCCAGCCAGAACAUAAGACGCAGAAUGGACGGAAGAAAUAA